AUGCCAUUAUUUGAAAAGCUAAUAUAUUCAUUCUCUGAAAAGAAAACAAUACCUCAGCAAUUUCCCAUUCUACUGAAUAAUGACCAGACAUUGCCACCACUUGUCACAUAUAAUAUGACAAGAGUCAUGCCAAUUGUAAGGAAGCUGGCAAGCAGAUCGUUUAUGAUUUUCCCUUCAGUUCAAUCCUAUGAUAUAUUCAAGCAAAAGAAAGGUGACUCCAUUGAUCCUGAUGGUAUGGGUAUCCCACUUUUUGAAGCUGUACCGUCUUUACUCCCAACUUACAUAGACGGCAGGCCAUUGCUGAAAAUAUCUAAAUUUGUGUUGUUACCAAGAGAUGCACCAGCACCAUCCAGUCAAUAUGAAAUCAUAACACAAGAUGACAACUACAACCUUUUUAAGAUUCCUUUCUGUGAGGUCUAUUACAAGCUAACUGGAGUUGCUUCCAGAAGAUACGAAUUUCAAUUUUCUAACCCAGAAAUUCUGUCGCCAAAUUAUAUUCAAUCUGAGGCUUUUAGCUAUAGUCAUAGAGGUACUGCAGAAGGUUUUGAUCUUAACUGGGAUAUCUCAAGGAUUCCCUUUCUGGUAGGAAAACUUGUGAUUACUGUUAAACAAGAUACACCUCCCACAUAUCAAAAUGCUGUCAAAGGUGAAAAAAAGCAGAAACCUUCUUCUUAUAACUAUAAGACCAAGACUUGUGCCUACUACACGAAAAGGUUCCAAGAUGAAGUUCCAAAGUUGAUAUCCAGGCGAGCAGAUUUGAUUAUCGGUGAACUAAAUAAUUCCCACUCCUUAGGUAUCACCAAUGUUUCAAUAUACACCGAAAUAUUUGCUUGUCAUGCACUCAUGAUUCAUGAACUUGAGCAUACAAGAAACAAUAAAAGUGAGAAACGGAAUAGGAGGAUAGAUGCGAGGGAUAUAAAGAAAGAGCAGAGACGUGAAAGGAAGGAGAUCCGGAGAGAAGCUAGAAGACACCAACAUUAA